AUGGCGGCGGUGGUGGCGCGGUCGGAGGUGGAGGCGAUGGUGCAGCUGCUGGGCGCGGACAAGGCCAGGCAGCGCGAGGAGGGCUUUAAGAGGCUGCAUCGCUACAUGCACGACUCGUGCAUGCUGUCCUUCUGCACCGCUCUGGACCGAGAGGAGCUGUGGUGCACCGUGGUGGCAGCGCUGUGCACGGCCAUCAACAGGGACGUGCUCGCCACAAACGCCACGCGCACGCGCCGCACCCACAGGCAGGAAGCAGCGAGGGAGCUGCGGAGGCUGAUAGAGGCGGCAAAUGAGAGAGUCCCCCCACCCCCACUGGGCGCCCACCCCUUGCGCCUAGCCAACAGGGUGCGCACACUGUGCCAGCACAUAUCAACCACGCUGCCCCUGGCGCCCUCCUUCCUCACCGACUACUGUCACACGCUGCUCGCGCUGCUCGCCGUGCCCGACUAUGCGCUCUGCAUCACCCACACCAAGACACUGCGAGAGCUCAUCACAUUCUUUAUGAGCCACCUGGAGCUGGCAGUUGGAGCAGCUACCGCCACCACAACACCAGGAGCGCUCCUCCCGCCAACGUCAGCAUCACCUGCUGCUGGUGCCGCUACAGUGUCCAGUCUGGAGGCCGCUUCCUCCGUGCUGGCGCUGACUCGCUGUGCUGCGGGCGGAGCCUCCCUGAAGGUGCAGCAGCAGCGCGACAUGGUAGCCAGCUUUACCCGCAUCUUCACUCACCUCAGUGACGACGGCCGGUUGGCACGCAAGCUGCUGGCGUGUGGGGCAGCCUUCCUCGCAGCGUGUGGGGCGGGCCUCGCUGCAGCGGGGGAACUGGCGGGGCUGCUAGGUGCACUCAGGGGCUUUGUGGUGCGCACGUGGCACUGCACUCGGGAUGAGAAUGUCAUGGAGGGCCUCGUUCUCUCUGCGCGCAUGCUCGUGCGCCUCACAGCAGGAGGGGAACUGCACGACGGCGAUGAUGGGGGCGAGGAGGGGGCGGAGGGGGCACCGCUGGCAGCAGGAGGGGGUGGAGGGGGCAGCAGCAAGGUGCAGAGCGAGGUGCUGUCGCUGGUGGUAAAGGAACUCUCGCGCUCCUCCGCUGCUGCUAGCACCACUGCCUCUGCCAGCCUGCUUCGAGGGUGCGUGGCGGGGCGGCUCCCCCAGCAAUGCACUGCUUCCCUCCCUGUACGCCUCACUGCUUCCCUCCCUGUACGCCUCACUGCUUCCCUCCCUGUACGCCUCACUGCUUCCCUCCCUGUACGCCUCACUGCUUCCCUCCCUGUACGCCUCACUGCUUCCCUCCCUGUACGCCUCACUGCUUCCCUCCCUGUACGCCUCACUGCUUCCCUCCCUGUACGCCUCACUGCUUCCCUCCCUGUACGCCUCACUGCUUCCCUCCCUGUACGCCUCACUGCUUCCCUCCCUGUACGCCUCACUGCUUCCCUCCCUGUACGCCUCACUGCUUCCCUCCCUGUACGCCUCACUGCUUCCCUCCCUGUACGCCUCACUGCUUCCCUCCCUGUACGCCUCACUGCUUCCCUCCCUGUACGCCUCACUGCUUCCCUCCCUGUACGCCUCACUGCUUCCCUCCCUGUACGCCUCACUGCUUCCCUCCCUGUACGCCUCACUGCUUCCCUCCCUGUACGCCUCACUGCUUCCCUCCCUGUACGCCUCACUGCUUCCCUCCCUGUACGCCUCACUGCUUCCCUCCCUGUACGCCUCACUGCUUCCCAUGAGCUGCUCGUGCAUCCCCCACUCCCCCCACUCCCCCUCCGCCUUCCCUCUCCGCCUCAAACCCCCUCGCUGCAGUCUGGAUGUGCGGGCAGUGACAGCAGCGUCCAGGUCAUCGCUGCACGCAUCAUCCUCCGUGGCGCAAUCCCAUUGGCCAAUCAUGGACCUCGCCGCCUCGCUCCUCUCCCAGGUGCCAUCGCCUCUCUCGCAGGUGCCAUCGCCUCACCUCCUCUCCUUCCCAACAUUCCCCCUUCUCCCGCCAUUACUCACUCUAUCUCCUCCCCUCCCUUCCACCUUUGCCCGCCACCUCUCAUGUCAUACAUUCACUCUCCCUCCGUCCCCGCUCCCCUCUCCCCCAUACUCCCUUCUUGCUCUCUUGUUCUCCAGCAGCAGCACCACAUGCUGCGGAAGAAGACGAAGACGGCCGCCCGGCAAAGAGGCAACGGAGAGGCGCUGGCGCUGGCAUUGGCACAUUGGGCACGGCACCAGGCGGCGGCGUGGGAGCAGGAGCACUGGCAGGUGUAUGUGUGGGCGCUGCUUAUGAAGGCAGUGGUGGUGGUGCGGGUGGCUCCUCGGUGUGGGCCGUGUUGGAGGAGCAUAUCACACUCGGCACUGCUCCCUGGUGAGGCACUGCUCCCUGGUGAGGCACUGCUCCCUGGUGAGGCACUGCUCCCUGGUGAGGCACUGCUCCCUGGUGAGGCACUGCUCCCUGGUGAGGCACUGCUCCCUGGUGAGGCACUGCCCCCUGAAUUCAAAGCCCAGCCUUACUCUACUUCCGCCAGUCUUGCUUCUCCUCAAACCUUCCUUCUUCCAGCACUUACCGCUCUCUUCGUUGCUUCUGCAUCUCUUACCCCUCCCUCCAUCCCUCCCCCCUCCCUCCAUCCCUUCCCCCUCCCUCCAUUUCUCCCCGCUCCCUCCACCCCUCCCCUUUCCUCACGUCUCUCCCCCAUUCCUCCAUCUCGUGCCUCUCCCUCCAUCGCCCCCCCUCCCACCACCUGCAGGCUAACAGCCCUGUGCGUGCUGCUCUGCGACCACGGCCACUCCAUACCGCCACACACCCUGCACCGCUGGCUUGCCCUCCUGCACUCGCACCUCGCCAGGCCUGCUGCUGCCUUGAGACGUCUCAAAACACUCCUUUUUUCACCGCGCUCCUCUAGGCCUGCUGCUGCCUUGAGACGUCUCAAAACACUCCUUUUUUCACCGCGCUCCUCUAGGCCUGCUGCUGCCUUGAGACGUCUCAAAACACUCCUUUUUUCACCGCGCUCCUCUAGGCCUGCUGCUGCCUUGAGACGUCUCAAAACACUCCUUUUUUCACCGCGCUCCUCUAGGCCUGCUGCUGCCUUGAGACGUCUCAAAACACUCCUUUUUUCACCGCGCUCCUCUAGGCCUGCUGCUGCCUUGAGACGUCUCAAAACACUCCUUUUUUCACCGCGCUCCUCUAGGCCUGCUGCUGCCUUGAGACGUCUCAAAACACUCCUUUUUUCACCGCGCUCCUCUAGGCCUGCUGCUGCCUUGAGACGUCUCAAAACACUCCUUUUUUCACCGCGCUCCUCUAGGCCUGCUGCUGCCUUGAGACGUCUCAAAACACUCCUUUUUUCACCUCGCUCCUCUAGGCCUGCUGCUGCCUUGAGACGUCUCAAAACACUCCUUUUUUCACCGCGCUCCUCUAGGCCUGCUGCUGCCUUGAGACGUCUCAAAACACUCCUUUUUUCACCGCGCUCCUCUAGGCCUGCUGCUGCCUUGAGACGUCUCAAAACACUCCUUUUUUCACCGCGCUCCUCUAGGCCUGCUGCUGCCUUGAGACGUCUCAAAACACUCCUUUUUUCACCGCGCUCCUCUAGGCCUGCUGCUGCCUUGAGACGUCUCAAAACACUCCUUUUUUCACCUCGCUCCUCUAGGCCUGCUGCUGCCUUGAGACGUCUCAAAACACUCCUUUUUUCACCGCGCUCCUCUAGGCCUGCUGCUGCCUUGAGACGUCUCAAAACACUCCUUUUUUCACCGCGCUCCUCUAGGCCUGCUGCUGCCUUGAGACGUCUCAAAACACUCCUUUUUUCACCGCGCUCCUCUAGGCCUGCUGCUGCCUUGAGACGUCUCAAAACACUCCUUUUUUCACCUCGCUCCUCUAGGCCUGCUGCUGCCUUGAGACGUCUCAAAACACUCCUUUUUUCACCUCGCUCCUCUAGGCCUGCUGCUGCCAUCCGCUGCACCCAUCAUGCAUUCACCUUUCAUACCACUCAUCAUUUCCCCACUAAGUGUACUGCCAUCGUUCCUCUCUGCUGGCUGCCUCGCCUGCCAUCUUCUGCCUACCAACGAUGCGAGGCACAAGGGCUCGUUGCCAACACCCAUCUGGGCGCUCAGGUGCCUGCAGCAGCUGUGCACGCUGCUCACCGCUCCUCACCCUCUGCAUCGGUCAAGCCAAGCUCCUCACCCAUUGCAUCGGUCAAGCCAAGCUCCUCACCCUCUGCAUCGGUCAAGCCAAGUUCCUCUCAGCAGCAGCCCCGCAGCAGCUUUACCACAGCACCCGCAGCACCCUCCUCCGCAGCAUCUGUCGCUUGCUGCUCUGUGGCAGAGCGUGUGGGGCGAGGUCACUGCUGCUCUCCCUGCGCUGCCUCUUGCAUUGGUGGAGCCAUGCCUCUCGCUCCUCUCCACCUUACUGCAAGCGGGUGUUGUGCAGGACGUGAUUCCUCCCAGGGAGAUGCUGGCACUGCCGCAGUUCAAGGAGGGAGGAGCACUCGCGAGCGCCAGGAGGCAGCACUGCUGGCGCUGAAUCCAGCUGCCACGUCACCGCUCAGCUCAGCACGCGUGGCAUUGCUGCAGUGGCUGCUUGCGGGAAUGGUCAACGAGGCUCACGGCCCAUCCCUCUCCUCCAGAGACUCCGAGCCCUCUCACCCCAUCACCCUGCGCACCGCUCUGCACCGCACUCACCGCCCACCGGAACCAUUUCUGCUUGCAGCUGCCCUGUGCGCAGCAGUGACAGGCGAAGCACCCUGCACCCGCGUAUCCGCUCCUGCAGCUGCAGCAGCUGCUGCUGCUGCUGCUGCCGCCUCUCGUGCUGCUGCGCCUGGCGCCGCUGGUGCCCCGUCCUGUCCUUCCGCGUGCCCCGUGCCCACCUCCUUCCACAGUGACUGGUGGUUCCCUCUGCAUGAAGAUGUGAGAGACAUGGAGCCAGCGCUCCCUCACCUACACCGCAGCCCUCACUGCCUCGUUGCAGCAGCUGCAGGGGCAGCUGGACCUGCAGCAUGCGCCCCUCACACUGCCUUGUCGCUUGGCGUGCCACACUCUGCUGCUGCUCCCCCUCUGUCGUCGUCCCCGCCGUGGCUUGCAGCAUGUCAGCAGCACAGGGACAAGCACAUACCUUCCCUCGCCUCGUCCCCCUACUCCCCACCCUCGGCCGCCCUCACGCUCUCCCGCUCGCUCCUUGACUCCACACGCGUUCUGCCGCUCUCCCAAGCAGCCCUCUCCACACUCGCCGCGCUCAUCUGCCCGCCAACCAGUGCAGCAAGAGACGUUGGCUGUGGUGAGGCAGAUGUGGUGGGAGGAGGGUCAGGAGGAGGGGAAAGGGAGUGGGUGGAGGGUAGAGGCUCAGCUGGCAGCUCUGGGGAGGGCAGUGGGGAUGGCGCUGGUAGGGAUGGGAGGCGGAGCAGUGCUGCUGGUGGUGGCAGUGAUGGCGGUGGUGGAGGCACAAGAGCGAGCAGUCUGUGGGUGGCAGCAGUGGGGCUGCACUGCUGUCGCCUGCUCUCCCGCUCCUCCUUCACCAGAUCCCUUCCUCCCGACCUCCUCCCCGGGGGUCUUCUGGAGAAGCAGAGUCUCCAGUCAGCUGUAACAGCUCUCGCGUCUUCACCAUCCAUCACUCCCACCACCUCUCUGGACCUUCCCUCCCUCCCACUCAUCUGCGACCUCCUCUCCAUCUUCCCCCGCUCGCCUGCCUCCCUCCCUCUCCUCUCCGCCAUGCUUCGACUCGCCACCACCUCCUAUACCACCGUGGCCGAAGCAGCCGCAGCAGCCGCAGCAGCGGCAGCAGGGGCGGGAGGCGGAGCGACAGGGGGUGGUGAAGCGGCAGUGUCGGCCCUCUCCCUGCCUCCAGCCUCUGCUGUAACCUUCGCCGCGAGGAGUCGCCUGGACGACGAUUUUGACGACGACUGGGAGUUUCAGCAGCCGUCUGCUGCCACCAGUGGGCUGCACGGUGGGCGGCAAGGUGGGCACAGUGGGCUGCAAUCUGCUGGCGGAAGGGGCGGGAGAGGCGGGGCAAGAGGAAGACUGGGAGGAAUGAUGGGGUCGAGAUCAGGAGCAGUUGUACCCAGCUUUCAGCCUCAGCUGCAGCAGCAGGUGAUAGAGCUAGAGGAGGAGGGUGGGGAGGGGGAGGAGACUCGGAUCUUUGACAAUGAAUUGGAUGCGCCUGGAGUGCUGCCGUCCCAGGCUCCCCUGGUGCGCAGCAGGAACACACAGAGCGCGUGGCGGGACGGAGCAGGGGGCAGUGGCGCUGCCGCCAGUGCUGCUCGUGCUGCUGCUACUACUACUGCUGCUGGGGUGCUGACAGGUUUGAGUGGUGGUGGUGGCAGUGCAACAGCAGCGGAGGUGGCGGAGGGAGCGGUGUGGAUGGUGGGGUGGGUGGCGGAGUUCCUUCCAGCAGCGGCGUGCAGAGAGGUGGUGCUGCUGCUGGAGCUUAGUGAAGACUCCGAGUGCUACUGGCAGUUGCUCUCCGUGCUUGCAUCACACGCUGAACUAUUGAUAGCACUCGAGCCUGUGCUAGCAGCCCUGGAGUCCCAUGCAUCCACCACACUGCACUCCCACCAGCAGCACCUCCUUCACCUCACAACCACAACUGCCUGCCGCCUUGCAGCGCACAAGGACGGCGCCCUGCCGCCCGCCCUGCUCCGAGAUGAGGGCGUGGGGGUUUUGGGGGGAGUGGAGCGGAUGGAGGGCGUGGGGAGCGUUGUGGCGUUGGCAGAUGCGUGGGGUGGUGGAGCUGACACUGCAACUGCCAGCGACACAGAUGUGAAUCGGGCGCUGCAGGUGAUGCAGGAGGCCCUUGCCCCCAUGUUGGGCAGCAAACCCCUGCCCACCCCAGCUGCGCGCAUCAACCUCGCAGAUGCCCUCCUCGCACUCAUCCUUCUCAGCGACUCUGACCUCUUUACUACGCCGCUCCUUGCGCUGCUGCACGACCGGGACUACGGGGUGCGCCUGCACAUGGCCCACCUGCUGCCCGCGCUCUUCCUCAAGUGGGAGGACCACCCCGCCUUGCUCACCGACACGCUGAAGGACUUGAAGACGUUGUCGCUCGCUCCCGCACCCACCCUCUCCAUCUCCACGCUCCACCUGCCCUCCGCCACCGCCACCUCCACCAGCAGCAGCACUCCUACCUCCACCCCCUCUUCCAGCCCUGCCGCCCGCCGUGGCUUGCCUCUGCUGGCAGGUCCUGCAGGGAAGGGCGCUCUCUUGGGACUCAUGCGCAGCGGGGGAGGAGGUGGGGGAAGAGAUGAGGGAAAGGGAGGCAGUGGAGGAGAGGGAGGGGAAGAGGGAGGAGCAGGAGGGAGUGGGGAGACAGAUGAGGAGAGAGUGAGGAGGGAGGUGGAGCGAGUGGACAGGGCGAGGGUGGAGACGGGUGUCUUACUGCUGGGGAGGAUAGCCGAGAGCAGCGACCUGGUGGAGGACGAGGUCGUAUUCCUCAUCGCCGCAGCUGCUGCUCUCCGCCUUGUGCGCACCCCCUCUUUCUCUCCUCUUUCACCCUUCCUUGCUCUCCUCUUUCUUCUGUGUUUUCCUGUUUUUCUCCUUGCAUCUCGAGCCUCUCUUCCCAAUCCAACCGUCCAGUGCAGCAAUUUGGCUGCUGCAGUCCUCACCACAGCUGCAGCAUCGCUGGGCUACCCCAGUCUCAGCCAGUACCUGGACAUUCUCCUGCCCUCUGUGGCCACGCGAUGGGUGGCAGCAGACCCCGUGCUGCUGCCGCUGCCUGCUCUCGCACAGGUGAGCUCAAUUGCUGCCACUGCCCUGCGCAACCCCAUUCGUGCCACUCCUCACACCCCCCCCCCUUCCACACACGCACGUGUUAAAAACGAUAUGAAUCCGUGUCUGUGUGCGUGCGUGCGUGCGUGCGUGCGUGCGUGCGUGUGUGUGGUCACCACCGCGGGCGGGUGCACCGUGCAGGUGGUGGUGGCGUUGGAGCAAGCAGGGGGGGGUAGGGGGAUGGGUGGCGCAGGCUGUUGGACAGCUGGUGGCGGAGGGAGGCAGAUGCUAGAGGAGAAGGGCGAGCAUGAAGCGGGAGGAGACACUGCACGGGUGGUAGCAGCAGGAGUGGCGGGUGCACGAGCACUUGCAAGGCCGUGGAAGAGCCUGGCUCCGCUCGUGCUGCCUGCGCUGCUGCUGCUGGGGAGGAAGAGUGACGUGCAAUUCCUGGCCGAGGCCCUCCAGGCGCCCGCCCCUCGGCUCCUCAAGGAGUCAUUCCCACAUGUGGUUGCUGCGCUGCUGCCAUUCCGCCAGUCAGAGCUUGACACGUGGCAGAAGGAGGCUGCGACACGUGUGCUCACGACAGGCCUGCUGGCCACGGCGGGGUGGAGUGAAGCAGAGAGGGAUCAGCUUCUGACCAAGCACAUGGUGCCCAUCAUCACCAGUCUGCUGCAGCACACGUCCUCCCAGCAGCACCCAUCGUUGCCGUCCUUCCCCACCGCGUGCAUCCGUGCCACCAUCUGCACCCUGGUGGACAGCACUGCUGACUCGCGUGCCAGCAGCAACAGGUACCUGGUGCACAUUCUGCUCGCCUGCCUGCCCACCUCGGCACCCACCUGGCCUCCACCCGCCCCACCGCUCGCCUCCUCCCAGCUCUCGCUCUCUCAGAGCCCCUCCUGCCCCUUGCCCUCGCCCUCGACACCAGCAGCGGUGGCGGCAGUUUGUCUAGACGUGCUGGCGCGGGUGGUGGCUGCAGCACAGAGCAACGGUGCCAGGGAGGGUGGUCACAGUGGAAUGGCGUCUGCUGCUGUGUUGGACCAAAGCCAGAUUCCGCCAUCCCCUGCCACUCUUUCCGCUCCGCCCCUCCCCCUCUCGCUGCAGGCCAAAGUGUCUCGCCUACUGGCCCUCUGCACUCCCCCAGCUGCAGAAGCAGCAGUGGGAGCGGCGGCGGCAGGGGCAGGAGGGGGGGCAAUAGGAGUGGCAGAAGGGGGAGCAGCAGCAGGGGCAGCAGGGCAGGAGGGGGAGCUUCCAGAGGCGCUGGUGGAGCUGCUGAGAGCGUUCACAGUGGAUGCCCCUGCAGCAGUGAGGGCUCGCCUGCAGCUGUUCCACAUGCCAGCAGCAGCAGUGGCAGCAUACCCCUCUCUGGCACCCAUCGCGGACUCUCUCUCCUCACUCUCCCACGACUUGCCCCUUCCACAACAGCUUGCACAGCUUGCAUCUCGGGCCAUCAGCCUCUCCCCAGCUGUUCUCGCACAGAGUCUGGAAGCUCUCUGCAACCACCUCGCCUCCACCAAGCACCUCCUUUGGUGCGACGAAACUGCCCCUGCAGCCAAAGGCGUGGAGGGAGCACCAGGCAGCAGCAGUCCUGAGCUGGACGCAGGGGGGCCUGGGGAUGGAGUGCCACGCCCCUCUGCUGAGGCCCUUACUGCCACGUGGCAGAUGCUGCAGGUGUCACGACGGCUGAGCGAAUCAGACCCCUGUACGAGCACCAUCCGGGCAUGCCUUGGCAGGCUUCUGGCUGCUCUGGGGAUAUGGGAUGCUUCCGCCGUUUCCUUCAAGCCUCCAGCCACAGCAACUUCAACAGCAGCACCAACAGCAGCGUCAGCACCCACGGGUGGUGUGACAGUAGUGAAUGCGGAUCCAGCAGGAGAGGGCGUUCACGAGGGGGUGAUUGUAUCGGUGCUUAAGCUGCUGGCCACCCUCCUUGUUGAUCCAAAUGUCCAUGCCAUUCAGCUCGCCGCACAAACCAUCGAGGCCAUUCUCAUGACAGAGAGGGGCCAUCGGGUCUUUACUGCAACAGGCUUUGAGGAGAAGCAGUACCUCGAGGCGCACAUAAAGACGGUCAACACUGCCCAUGCACAGCAGAUUAUCCAGCGCCUAAGAGCCGAUGCAGGAGCCUCCAUGCCUCCACUGGACGACCCCGCAGUGUGGCAGGCAGUGGGCGCAUCUCACGAGGCGUGGGUGUGCCGCGUGGUGCAUUUGCUCAUUCUGCACGUGCCAGACGACAUUCUCACUCUGUGUGCGCCGCUGUGCCGUGUGAACGCCUCACUCGCUGCACUGCUCCUCCCCCACACACUCGCCACCCUCGCUGCCUCGCAUGCACCCACCAGUCUCCUCUGCCGCACUAUCUCAACCCAGCUCACCACUCACGUGCUGCAGCCAGCGCGUGCGGUGUCUCCGCGCACGCUGCAGCUCCUCUUAGACGCGCUCACCGCCCUCAGAGCCUGCCACACCCGCGCUCGCAUGGCCCCUCCCCCCACUGCUGCUGCUGCUGCCCGUGCUGCUGCCUCUGCCAUGGGCGCUCGAAAGAGUGCUGCCAAG